AUGGAAGAGGAAAGGGUUAGCGCUCAGGAAUGCUUAGCUUUGUGUGAGCUGAUUCUUGAGAUUUUGGAUCAGUCACAGCCUAGCCUGUCCGAGGACUCAGAGAAUACCCUCGAAAGUCUUGAGGAAAGGCAGGUAGCGAGUUCUAAGAUACGAAUUAUCAAGGAAAUUCACCGAUCCGAUGCUUCUUCAAUCUUUGAGACGGAAUUCGAUGGCGAUAAGUUUGCCAUGAAGCUUUUUCACAACAAUGGUGAUCCAGGAUUUGCCGAGAAUGGUCGAGAUUUAAAUCGAUUCCGCUGUGAGUUGAACGCUUACGAAAACCUUAGGAAAUACCACGUUUGCAAACAGGGUGUCGUUCCGUACUUCUAUGGGUAUAUUGAUCAAGUUGAUCCUUUUGCGUUCCAGCCGGCUCUCCAACAUUUUGUUAACGAUAAAUUCCCUCCUAAAGCAAUACUACUCGAAUAUCUUCCAAAUACCGAAAGUUUGAAUUGCAAGAAUUACUCGGAUGCCCGCUACCAGCAUGCGAUAGAUGGUAUGAAAAAGAUACACAAAGCCCACGUUCACCAUCAAGAUAUAUACCCCAAAAAUAUUCUUUUUGUUCCUGGAACCCCGGAAAGGGUUGUGUGGGUCGAUUUCGAUGUUGCAACAACUUUCCCAAGCGUCGGGCCGACGAAGAGCGGCGUAGUCAAUAUGAGGAUGCCCUUGUUGCAGAGUUUGGUGAAUUCUUGCGAGAGGAUCAAAAGCAGGGACUUCCUCCAAACACAAAGUUUUAUUAGUGCUCCAGUACAGUGA